UAAACACCUGUAACCAGACACGGCUACGUGACAGCGUGUUCAGCUUGUGUUAUCAGCGGUAGUUUGAGUAGUUCUCCUUCACCAACAGAGAUGUUUUGGACAUCAGCAGCUCAACGAGGAUCGCUGGGGCUCCAUCGCUGCUGGUCCCACAAGUGUCUCACAGCUCCCCGGUGCCCUUUGAUCACUUUACGGUCCUUCUGCUCCGGUUCUGUCCCCGAAACGUCACCGACGCACAAUGAGUCUCCUCUGCAGCAGUGGGCUCUGUCCGUCAGCCCCUUCACCACCGUGAGGGCCAAGCUAGGCUGCAGCAUCACCGUCCACCCGCUGGACCCACAUGCUUACCCAGAGGCUGACCGAGCCUUCAUCACGGUGCUCAGGUCAGACGGCGACCAAAACGUCGCUCUGGGCCAGUUACAGGUCCACUACGAUGAUCGGAGCAAAGUGCUGAUGAUCUCAGCUAAAAAGGUAAACAGUGACGUAACGAUAAAGAUGGACGCACCUAUCAAAAGCAAUAUCUUCAUCACUGCUGAAGGAAAAGGUAAUGUACAGGUGAAGAGGAUGGAGUGCGACAUCUGUAAAGUGCAAACUCAACAGGGAAAUUGUUUACUUCAUUCUAUUAAGAGUCAUCAGGUCGAGGUACAGGCUCAUGGAGGACAUGUUACAGGUGUGGGAACUAUCCAUGGAAAUGUGAACAUCAGCACAAGAGGCGAUGGUGUGGUGAAUGUCAGGAAGCUCCAGGGCACCACUAUGAAUGUUUCAACUGAACACGGACUGCUGAAGGUCAGAGCCAUCUAUGCUGAGUCCAGCUGUGUCUCCUCCAGCUCUGGGAGAGUGGAACUGGGGCAUGUACACGGGAACCUUACAGUGGAGAAUGCGUGUGGAGACACUGUUAUUGAUGGUUCCAAUAGCUUCCUGAAGGUUUCCUCUAACAGCGGAGACAUUGAUGUUUAUGUGGGAGACGGUGGUGCUGCUGAACUCUACAGUCAGGAAGGAGAUGUGAGUGUGCGUGUCCCGUCCUCGUUAAGAGCUGGUGUGGAUCUUUGUGGAGCGUCGGUGGAUAUUAGCCCGGAGGUAGUUCUGCACGGAGUAGAAAACAACACCACUGACAGCUGCACUACAAUCUCUGGCUGUUUGAAUGAAGAGUCACCAGUAGAGCGGCGGAUCAAAGCUCAGGCAGACAGAGGUUCUGUCAAACUCAGGACACAAAGCUGGUUUGAGUCCUUGAAUCUGGGAUCAUAAUGAUGCUAUUUAUCCAAUAAUUUAAGAUUGUACUCAGGAUGUAUUUUUAUUAAUAAAUAAAGUGCCCUACACACGGAUCCCACUGAGUCUGGGAAACUGCUACAGGCUCUUAGCUCAGGUGUCAGAUCAAGUGUAGCAUAAAAAACAGGUUGUUCAUGUUUUUUUGGGUGGCUGAAGCGUGUGAAAGUCUCAAACAGCAUUUAGACUUUUGCAUUUCAUUUGUUUAAUUGUACAAUGGAGCUCUAUUUGAUGAAUUUAAUCAUUUAUACAUACUUUGCCAUAAAUAUUUAAAAUGUUCUUAGGCAUAAAUUUUUUUUAUUAGCGUCCGUUGUGCUUUUUCCCUUUUGUGAACACACCCGAGUUGCAUGUAAAUAAUAAAAAUGAAGUAGUCGUAAAGUAAA